AUGCCGCUCAAUGAAAAGAUGCAGCUAUGGUUGAGGCAUCUCGCGGAGUCAGGCUUUGAAGAUAACGAGGCUGGUUCUGCCGAACUUCCUGCGCUUUCGUUGCCCAUGAUUGAAGAAAGAGAGGAGUCCAACCCUCAAGCAUAUCCUGCCAUGCCGGGGCUACAGAAAUACCGCGAGUGUGUCCUUGAAAACCCUGCCUAUGACUGGCUCCUUGGCGAUAUUCAGAGACAUUGUCUUCUCGAACCCCUUAAUCCGAAUAUAAUGGCAGACAUUUCCGGUGCAAUUCUGCGAAAGUUACCAUCUCAGCUCUGUUUCAGCAGACGAGAUUCCAUACCGUCUUAUCAAAUGACGUAUACUUUGGACUGGGACUUGGUUUCCUUUCUGAAAGAUCAGGAAUACUGCGAGGGCAAUGCCAAAUCACUCCCUCUAGUCAUUACACUCACUGGCUCACACGAAUCAGCACAGGCGCUGACUUGCUCGCAAUAUCUUCAUCAAACAUGGCCAUUCUCUGGAGGAAAUAUGCUUGGAUUGCUGCAGGGUUUGUUGAAAACCAGAACAGGGGGAAAGGCAACGAGCAACCUACCUGAUGGUACAGAUCUUGUCGCUUGGUUUGAUUCCUCCGAUGCGUCAAAAAAUCCCAAGAUCGUAUGUGAAGUCAAAGGCCCUGCUUAUUCAAUCGCCGAGGUUGGGGAGCAGCUCUCCUGGCUAGGAUCAGCUCUUCGUUCUUCGCCCCAGUCUGAUCAAAUUGUAUAUUGUCAACCUCAAGUUGGUAAUCUGAUAACAAUCCCUGAUGAACGUCAAAGUGGCAAGAAGCAGAAAACUACCGAGUUCAGCGCAAAUAUCUCAUUUGUGGUCAAGCAUGUGGGAAAAUUUCCCAAAAUUAACGGGGAGUGCUGGCAUGAUCUCUUUCGAAGCGGUGUGGUCGUUGAAGGCUUCCCAAUAUCUCGACGAUCUGGAUUGGGUACGGUGAAAGGUCUUGAUAUUCCACUUCCCAUGAUGGCUCGCCUUGUGCAAGCAAAUUAUGUGAACACCUUCCUAGAGAGUGUGAUCAUCAAAGGAUUUUCUUCUAUGCUUAUUCCAACCGAGAAUCAUGAAGAGACGACUGUGUGGCAUUUGGUUCUCAACAAAACUGGCGAUCGAAUAUCAUACCUUGACAGCGCAGUGCUUCCUGUUCAGGGAUUGUCAGCCUCGCAGCUAUCACAGGCCCGUCACAUUCUAGGGUGGUGUGCAAAUGCAAGACAUCUUGCAGGCACACGAGAUGCAGCGUAUGACAUAUCAGGCUCCCAUCUUCCAAGGCUACGUGAAGAUGGACUUCUUAGCCAGGCGUUAAUUCAUAAUGGGCAGAUGAUAAAAGGUGGCGCACCAUUCUUAGUAGGAUACAAAGAUACACCACUUCGUGUUUCUAGAGGUGGCUACCUCCGGAAACUCAAAUGGAUUAUCCAAAAGUCCGUGAUCCUCUGGGAUGAAGAGACAAAGCGAGGGUGGUUUCUGAACGGAGCGAGAGCCCUCCUGCAUCUCGUGCGUGCGUCGAUCCUGCAUGACACUGAGGGGCCCUUCAGUUCAGAGUGUCAAUUCAAGUGGGAAAAUUUAGAAGAGGCAACAGUUGAUUCAAAGAACGCGUCCCAAUUCGCCAUUGCAGUUCUUUUGAACCACAAGAAUCGAGCCCUAACCAUCUAUGAAGGCAAAGAUGACAAUGUCAAGUUCGAAGACCGAGUUGAACACUACUUAAACAUUCUCGAGCAGAUAUUUGAUUAUCAAGUACAUGCCGCCGGGCCAGAUGGUAGUGGAUACAAUUCUAAAGCCAUUCCCAGGGCCCAUUUCGAAGGCUGGGACUUUCACGACCUCGCCACGGAACGAGACUCAGUCCAUCCACGACGAGCGACCUUUUCUCCUAAGGGAAAGUCAUGGGUUGAUUUCACGCGUUCAAUUCACGCAAUCAAUCUCCUGGGUCGCAAUUUUGGUGAGAUUCUAGCCUCAUCGGAUGUUUCUUGUCCGUACUGGGCUUCACUUCCCAAAGAGCAGUACUAUCUUGCCGCCGGGAUAUCAGAUUUAAAGUUGGUUCUUGAAUAUACGGGUGAUCUCACGACAAGACCCAUACGGCUGAGCGAGAACCUCCUGUGGCACAGCUCGGAUGCAGUCUUUGAGCCAUGUGACUGCACUGAUGCCACCGCAGAUCACACCGAUAUAGUACAGGUGAUAUUGCCAGACACGCUAUCAGCUAAGCCAGAGACAUGCCUGGAAACUGCCAAUUUGUCACACGAUGGGGCAGUUGUCUUUGGAUACAAUCGAAACUUCCAGUGGCGAUGGGGUGAUACCGGAGAACCUGAAAGGGACGAAAUAGACGAAAUCGCAACCAAUAAAAGAAAUCCGAUUUCUCCAACAAUCGAGAUCAAAAAUACCAGCAGCAAUAUGACUUCAAUCGGUUCUGAAAGUGAUAUCCUUGACGUAUCAAGCUCCCAAAUCCAUUCAACCUCUACGGACAUUACUAUUGACAGAAUAUCCGUGGAGAAUGAACCAGCGCACCCCAAGCCUCUCGUCCGAUCAUACACCAGGUGGCAAUUGGAGUCACUCAAACCCGAUGACUACUCUGUUGGCAUUGUGUGCGCGCUGCCGUUGGAGCUCCUGGCAGUUCGCGUCCUAUUCGAUCAAACUCACCCCGACCUCUCUAUGUCUGCGGAUUCAAAUCAUUACGCUCUAGGCAGUAUAGGGCGGCACAAGGUCGUUGCUGCCUGUCUUCCAGACGGAGAGUAUGGCACGAACUCUGCGGCGGAUGUUGCAGCCAAUUUGAGAAGAAGCUUUCCGUCGGUAAAGUUUUGUCUGUUGGUCGGUAUUGGUGGUGGUGUUCCAUCGUCAAGGAAUGAUAUUCGGCUCGGCGAUGUCGUUGUUAGCAAGCCGAACAGCAUGGGCCCCGGUGUGAUUCAGUAUGACAUGGGUAAGGCCCUCGAGAAUGGCGAGUUUCAGCAAAGUGGAUUUCUGCAGCCACCUCCUCGGCUGGUAAUGACUGCGCUCAGCAGUCUAAAGUCCGAUCCCUAUCUACCACAAGCUCCUCUGCAGGAAUACAUUCAAGAAAUUGCAGCUUGCAAAAAGGACUACCGCUAUCCAGGCUCAGAACACGAUCGUCUAUUCCCCAGCCAUUACGCGCAUAAUUCCAAGCACACCACCUGCGAUCCUUGUAAUGCAACACAGGUUACUAAACGUCCCGGUCGAUCAGAUCAUCACCCGCAAAUUCACUAUGGCCUCAUCGCAUCAGGCAAUCAAGUCAUGAAAGACGCAAAACUCCGUGACAAGUGGAGUAUGGAGAGAGAUGUGCUUUGCUUCGAGAUGGAAGCAGCGGGUAUCAUGAAUACUUUACCUUGUCUUGUUAUCAGGGGCAUAUGCGAUUACUCGGAUAGUCACAAGAACAAGCGCUUUCAAGAAUAUGCGGCGGCAACGGCUGCCUCGUAUGCCAAACUCUUGUUGUCUUAUAUGAAGGAUAACAGUGACUUAGAUGGGGCUACGCUCCAUUCAACCAAGGAGGAUCAAAGUCUUUUGAGUAUUUUCCGAAGGGCUCUGUCAUUUAUGGGGUGA